AUGUUUCGUGUGCAUGGCUACCACAAGUACUUGGUGCUCGCGCUUGCGAGCAUCAUGGCCAUGGGUAUGGCACUGUCUUAUUUGUAUUCUAUGAAUCACUUUAAUUUGCUGCUUUCUGCGACGCGCGCCUUGGACUAUGCGUCAUUUAAGCAGAUGGAGCGGUACACGCCGAGUCGCGCCGCUGAUCGCCGUAAUUGGGUCAACGUAUACUUUGUGAAGCUGUCGUGGUUCUGGAAUACAUUGUGCACGGUGGUGGUAGUCGCCUCGCUCUCAAAUACCGUAACGUGGAAGCGCCUAUCGCGGUUUGCCGUGCGCUGGGCUCUGGCGACGUGUGCGUGGUUCACCAUGUCGCAGUGGUUCUUUGGCGCGAGUUUCCUUGAGCGCGUGCAUGUGGCGAGCGGGGCGCAAUGCCUUGCGAACUCGGUGCGUGUGAGUGAUGAGCUGUGCCGGACGCGACAGCGUCUCACGGCGGACUCGCACCCGCAACUUUUUGACAGAUUUGAGCCGGGCUUUUCCACGGCACACGCGUCGAUCCAUGCUGGGUGGCAUGGGGGCAUGGAUGUUUCCGGGCACACCUUUGUGCUUACGCUGAGUAUUCUGUACCUGGCCGAGCUCGUGGUGCCCUGCCUGACGCAGCGGGCGAUUGCAUCGAUGCCACGGGGCCCGCUGCGGUAUCUCAAAACGUUUUCGCUGUAUGGCACGCUGAGUCUGAUGGUGUUAUGGGCGUUCAUGCUAUUUACGACGUCGAUUUACUACCAUACGACGCAGGAAAAGGUCGUGGCGUUUUUGUGUGCGUUGGCCGUGUGGAUCUGUCUGCCGAAGGAGCCCGUCUCCUAG